AUGGCAGCCAGUGUUUUGGGAAAGCGCUCUCGGGCAGUCGACGAAGAGCUGCCGCAGCGCACCGCCAGUAAGCGCCGCACUCGCACUCCCCGAGUUCACCAGGAGGAGAGCGAGCCACGGCCAAAACGCCAACUGCGAUCGAGGACAAAGGAUGGUCAGCCAGAUCAGGAGAAUGGCGAUGGGAACAAGGGUGCUGCGGACAUCGUGCCAUCCAAGCACACCCUUCGUGAUGGCCAGGGUGGGUCUCCGACCAAGAUCAAUUCGCAUUUCCGCAGCUCAAAGCCGGUAGAGGAGGAAAACGCCAAACCGAGUGGAGAAAUCGAGUUCAAAACACCACAGAAGUCGAGGUUCCGGGAUGCACUACAGCAAUCGCCCGUCACGCCCAGGCACCGAGUACAGGUGGGCGCAAAGUCCAUGACUCCACGCACCCCUCGCCAUAGUGAUGUUCUUCCGACGCCUCGGAAAAGUGCCACUCCCAGUGCGGCUCAUGUGUCGCAGUCGGUUUAUUCGCAGGCAAGGCAACUAUUUGCACGCGGUGCCACUUCAACCACAUUAGUUGGGCGAGACACGGAGCGACAAAAAAUAGUGUCCUUUAUUGAGGAGGGAAUCCGAUCCAGAAAAGGAGGAUGUCUCUAUGUGAGCGGUCCUCCUGGAACGGGGAAAAGCGCCAUGGUCCAAGAGGUGUGCCGAGACCUUGAUCUCUCCAUCGUUCGAGUGUCCCAUGUCAACUGUGUCAGCAUGCGAGCUGCGCGCGAUGUCUACAGCAAGCUGAUCCAGGACUUCGGAGAGGAGUCUGAAGUGUUCAAGAAGAGCGAGGCGGAUCAAUUGAAGGCAAUGUUCCUCCCCCCUAAGAAGAGAGAGGAUUUGUUCUUGGUCAGUCUGGACGAAAUCGACCACUUGCUCAUGGGUGGAGAUUCGGGCGUUCUACAGUCGCUGUUUGAAUGGUCGCUACAUAACAAGUCGAGCCUCCUGCUGAUUGGCAUCGCCAACGCCCUCGAUCUAACCGACCGGUCUCUUCCACAGCUGAAAGCAAAGAACCUGAAACCAACGCUCCUGGCAUUUUUGCCGUACAACGCUACCUCAAUCGCGAAUGUGAUCACCAGCCGCCUCCGGUCCUUACUUGUACCUGGAACGGAGACCGACCCCAAAUUCGUCCCCUUCCUCCAUCCUGCCGCCAUCCAGCUGUGUUCCAAAAAGGUGGCCUCCCAAACCGGUGAUCUUCGUAAGGCCUUUGAGCUGAUCAAGCGUGCCAUCGAUGUCAUUGAGCUGGAGACGCAGCAAAAGCUGGAGAAGAAGAAAGCCGAGGAGUUCGAGAACUCCGCGAUCCUAGCAGAGAACAAGAACUUGGCAUCCCCUGUCAAAGGAGGCUCGACCUCUCAGGCUGCUGUAACGAUGUCAUCUUACACUGCACUCACGGCACCGCGCGCCAGCAUCGCGCACAUUGCCAAGGUGACCUCCUCGGCCUUUGGGCAAGGCACCGUCCAAAGACUGCAGGGCUUGAACCUUCAACAGAAAGCAGCAAUAUGCGCUCUAAUCGCCCUCGAACGCAAACGUCGCGAAGGCGAGAUCCCCAGCACGCCGUCCAAGUCCCGAAUGGCAGCUCCAAGCAUUAAACAAGCCUUCGACACUUACUGUGCCCUUUGUCGAAACGACAACAUCCUUCAUCCUCUAACAGCUACCGAGUUCAAGGAUGUCCUGGGAAAUCUGGAGACAAUGGGACUGGUCGGCGAGUACCAAGGCCGCGGCCGCGGCGGGACUCUCGCCGCCGGCUCUGAUAUCCGCCGCACACCCUCAAAAUCGGGACACACACCCGCCACGCCUCACAAGGGUCUCGACGAACAAGGUCUUGUCUGCUUCGUUACCCAGAAGGAAAUUGAGAGCCAGAUCGCCGGUCCCGGCGAAGGAAUCCUACGUCGGCUGCUCCGAGGCGAGGGUCUUUGA